AUGCCUAUGGCGGGCUCCAGCUACUUGGGCCCCGCGCCGUUCGUGUCAUGCGUCCAGACAGGAAUAUGUGCCGGCAAGUCGUCGAUAGCCUCAUACCUCGUUGAGCAGCAUGGCUUCACACGCAUACACCUAGCUCCGACAGCUACCACUAUUCCUACCACCCCUCCGACGGGUAAUCCGUUCCCCUCGGCCGAAGAACUGGGUGUUAGCCCAGAACACAACUUCCAGAAUGUAGACUCGCUGAGCGCACACGUGACGUUGAGAUGGAGAGAGCGCUGGGUCAUGACAGGCGUCUGGGACGAUGCCGUAGUGAACCAGCUCCUCAUCCGCCCCUUCUUCCUUCUCGUCAGCGUAGAUGCACCCUUGAUGGUGCGCUGGAAGAGAUUCCAGCGCGUCUGUGCAGCCAAGCAGCUCCCAGAACCUGAUCUCGAGGCUUUUGUCCUCAAGAACGACGAGCAUCUCUACGCGCCCAAUACGGGACUAUGUGGCCUAUUCCAGCGAGCCCAGCUGAAGCUCCUCAACAACUCGGCUUCGUUGGCCUCCCUACAUGAAGCCAUACGCGCCGUCAACCUCCUGGACGACACGCGUUUGCGGCCAGACUGGGACCAAUACUUCAUGAUGAUAGCCGGUCUAGCGGCUAUGAGGUGCAACUGCAUGAAGAGAAGAGUAGGUGCCGUAAUCGUGAGGGACAGACGAAUCAUCAGCACUGGCUACAAUGGCACAUCACGCCGCAACACAAACUGCAACCAGGGCGGAUGCGCACGCUGUAAUAGUGGUACGUCGGGUAGCCUCUCGGCCUGCAUCUGCCUUCAUGCCGAAGAAAACGCCCUACUUGAAGCCGGCCGCGAACGCAUCGGCGAGGGUGCCACUUUGUACUGCAACACGUGCCCAUGCCUGACGUGCGCUACCAAGAUCACCCAAGUUGGAAUAACAGAGGUCGUGUAUAAUCAAGGCUACGUCGUUGACGACCAGUCUGCUGCUACACUCGCCAGGUGUGGUGUGACGCUGCGCCAGUUCUCUCCUCCCGCUGGCGGGUUGGUGGAUCUGAGCAUAGGCAUCGAGUCGGAAAGGCUUCAGGGCAUGCUUGGUGCCCUAGGAGGACUACUCUCCGACGACAACUUGGUGCGGCCGUUGAGCAAUUGA